AUGACCGUCCCAACGCUCACCACCGGUAACAUCCUCCUGUCCUUUGGGGUGGCAGCGCUCGCUGUAGUCUCAUGGAAGCUGGUCUCAAUCCUCAUCAAUAUCGUUUCGUCGCCUCUACGUAACAUCCCGGGGCCUCCCAAUUCGAGCUGGGUGUAUGGUAACAUGAAGGAGAUCUUCAAGGAGGAGCAUACGGUUAUGCACGAGGCUUGGGUCGCAACGUACGGCAAUACCAUUAAAUACAAGGAAUGGUUCUCGCGCAAUAAGUUAUGCACCGUCGACACACGUGCACUGAACUAUAUCCUCAGUCACUCUAACAAGUACCAGAAGUCUUCUGUCGCGCGCUUCAUACUGGGCGAGGUCUUGGGCGAUGGCCUCUUUGUCGUCGAAGGCGAACAGCACCGUAAACAGUUGUGCCAAUUCUGGCGCAACGAGAUCUCGAAGAGCGGGGAGCCCGCUCGCAUCAAUGUUCUAAACGGGCUUAACAAGAUGACCCUGGAUGUCAUUGGACUAGCAGGCUUCAAUUAUGAUUUUGAUGCGCUGAACAUCGAUGGGAAGCCAAAUGAACUUAACCAAGCGUUCAGCGUCAUGUUCAGGUCCCUCGAGAGCUUUUCUAUGUUCUCCUUGCUCAAGGCAUUCAUUCCCGCGCUACGGCUCAUCCCUGACAGUCGGUCGCAACGCAUAGCAAACGCUCGGAAGGUCAUGCGACGCAUGGGCAUGAAGCUCAUCACCAAGAAGAAAUCAGAGAUUCUGCGCCUUGCCGCUGAUGGGGAGAAGGAGAAGGGUAACCUGCAGAGCCGCGACGUCCUGACGCUGUUGAUCAAGGCAAAUAUGGCUACCGAUCUCCCUGAGAGCCACAGGUUGUCCGACGAGGACGUGUUGGCUCCUUCCUUGUCGCCGGCCAUGAGACGUCGAGCAACGCGACGGCUUAGUAACAUCCCGACCGAGAACCCAACCAUAGACGAGCUGAACGAGCUUCCUUACCUCGACGCCGUCGUCCGUGAAACCAUGCGCGUGCACGCACCCAUACCCUCGACGGUCCGGGUCGCAAUGACGGACGACGCGAUUCCGCUCGACACGCCGUUCGUCGACGUCCACGGCCAGGUGCAGGACAGCAUCAGGGUUAGAAAGGGCGACCCGAUCUUCAUACCCAUCCUCGCCAUGAACAGGUCAAAGGCGCUCUGGGGCGAGGACGCCUUCGAAUUCAAGCCUGAGCGCUGGGAGUCCGUUCCAGACGCUGUGCAGCAAAUUCCAGGCGUGUGGGCGAAUCAAUUGAGCUUCCUGGGCGGCCCACGCGCCUGCAUCGGCUAUCGCUUCUCCGUUACUGAGAUGAAGGCUCUGAUAUUUGCGCUCGUGCGAUCGUUCGAGUUCGAGCUCGCGGUGCCCCCGGAAGAGGUCAUCAAGAAGUCGACUCCGGUACAGCACCCCCUUGUUCGCAGCGAGAUGAGCAAGGGUGGCCAGCUGCCGCUAUUGAUCAAGCCGUACCACCGGAUUUGA